AGAGAAAUGCGAGCGGGGAGCAGUAACAAAAUGUCAACUCGGGCUGCUCUCCGUCACUCGCAGACAUGAGAGGAGUCCCGUCUGCCCUUUCCACCCUUUCCAACAAGUCGCUCUCGUCACCAUGCGGAUCCACUGCAAAGUAGUUGUGAUCGCCGUGUGUUUCGGAGUUUUCCUACUUUUGUACUUUUUGGGGGGCAACGCCGCGGACGAUCCGCUGUUGAAAGAAGUUGUACAGGAGGAGGAGGAGGAGGACAGCAACUCUUCCCCGUCGUCCUCUGAGCUCGGACGCAAUGUUGCAGCAAAGUUUGCGAGGAAACCACCAGCCGGAGUCGCCGUGCGUCCGGAGGAGCCUCCUCUCAAGGGACGGAAAGAGGGGAAACCGAUCAGUAGAGGGGCCAGCGUGAAUGCAAAGAGUAAAUCGCGGAGUAAUGUAGGCCGACCUGUGACCAAACGCAUAAGGGCGGAGGAAGUCAUGCACCUGGCCGUGGUGGCCUGUGGGAAUCGUCUGGACGAGACUCUCACCCUGGUCAAAUCGGCCCUCUUGUUCAGCCUCAAGAAGAUCAAGUUUCACAUUUUUGCAGAGGACCCUUUGGCCCCGCAGUUUAAAGAAAGGCUGAACAAGUGGCCCCGCUCCAUCUUAGCCAAGUUCAAGUACAGCCUCUACCCCAUCACCUUCUCCGUGGGGAACGCUGACGAGUGGAAGAAGCUCUUCAAACCCUGCGCUGCUCAGAGACUCUUCCUCCCGGUCAUCCUGAAGGAUGUGGACUCGCUGCUGUAUGUGGACACUGAUGUGCUGUUCCUGCGGCCCAUGGAUGACAUCUGGAGUCUCCUGAAGUCCUUCAACAGCACCCAGCUGGCAGCAAUGGCCCCAGAGCACGAGGUCCCCAAGAUUGGCUGGUACAGCCGCUUUGCACGGCACCCUUUCUACGGGGUCACUGGGGUCAACUCCGGUGUCAUGCUGAUGAAUCUCACGAGAAUCCGUCACACAAUGUUCAAAAACAGCAUGACCCCCGCCGGUCUGUCGUGGGAGGAUCUACUACAUCCACUCUACCAGAAGUACAAGAACCACAUCACCUGGGGGGACCAGGACCUCCUCAACAUCAUCUUCCACUACAACCCCGAGUGUCUCUUCAUCUUUCCCUGCCAGUGGAACUACAGGCCUGAUCACUGCAUGUAUGGGAGUAAUUGCAAAGGGGCCGAAGAGGAGGGUGUUUCCAUCCUGCAUGGCAAUCGUGGAGUGUAUCAUGAUGACAAGCAGCCGGCCUUCAAAGUAGUCUAUGAUGCAAUACGUGAUUUUCCAUUCGAGGACAACAUGUUUCAGUCCCUCUUCUAUCCGAUCCAGACCAAGUUCCUGGAUACGGUCAACACCCUGUGUGGUCGGAUCCCUCAAGUCUUCCUCAAGCAGAUAGAAAAGACCAUGAAGAAGGUGUUUGAGGAAAAAGUGGUCCGACACGCCAAACCGCAUAAAUAACAGACGGAGAAACAGACUCCAUGUUUUAUCUGAGAAUAACCGAGGACCAUCUCGCUGUGGAUUAUGUGUCAAACCAGCAUCUCCAAGAUCGAACUGCAGCGUAUUCAACACAUGACACCCACUUCCUAGAAUAUGAACAUUAUGAUGCUCUAUUGGUGGGUUAUGGUAAUAAUAAUUCUAUGUAUACAGAGAAGCAUACAGUGCUGGUCAGUGAUGCUGUAGAAUAGGUUUUGCCUUAAUGCCAUCUUACAUUGUGCACAGCCUUUUUAAUGUACGGUGAUAA